AUGGCGACCCAAAAUGCUCCCAAAGGCAAAAAAGCCCCCAAAGUCAAGCAGAUGGAGCUCCCCAAUGCCGCUGCUGGCAUUGUCACACGAUUCCCUCCAGAACCCUCUGGGUACCUCCAUAUCGGCCACUCGAAAGCGGCGCUGCUCAACGACUAUUUUGCACAUAUCCAGUACCCUGGCGGAAAGAUGAUCUUGCGUUUCGAUGACACAAACACUGAGAAGGAGAAUGCGGAAUUCGAAAAUGCUAUUCGAGAGGACGUUGCACUCCUGGGCAUUAAGCCCGACAUGAUCUCCUACACAAGCGAUUAUUUCGACCAAAUAGACGAGUACUGCGUCAAGAUCAUACAGUCAGGAAAAGCUUACGCAGAUGACACUCCUGGUGAUAUUAUGAGUGCGCAAAGAAUGGCACGUGAGCCGAGCGUUCAUCGGGAUGACAGUGUUGAGGACAAUCUGGCGCGCUUCGAGGAUAUGAAGAAGGCCACUGACGAGGGCCGAAGAUGGUGCAUUCGCGCAAAAAUAUCACACGCCAACAACAAUGCGUCUCUGAGAGAUCCUGUCAUCUUUCGAUGUCCUAAGAAUCAAACUCCCCAUCACAGGACCGGCCUCAAAUACAAGGCUUAUCCAACAUACCAGUUCGCCUGCCCAAUUGUCGACUCGUUGGAAGGGAUAACGCAUGCGCUGAGAACGACAGAGUACAACGACCAAGACGCACAAUACAAAUGGAUCCUGAAGGCAUUAGAAUUGAGACCCGUCUUUAUCUGGACGUUCUCGAAAAUCCAGUUCGUCCGCACCCUUAUGUCAAAACGGAAGUUGACCAAGUUGGUCAAUGCUGGUGUCGUGUCUGGCUGGGAUGAUCCACGGUUCCCCACCGUUAGGGGUAUCAGACGACGUGGCAUGACUAUCGAGGGUUUACGGGACUUUAUGGUCAGCCAAGGACCCAGCAAGAACGUGGUGAAUAUGGAUUGGCAUACCAUCUGGACGAUGAACAAAAAGGUCAUUGAUCUCCAAGCCAGUCGAUACACCGCGAUUGACAACAACCAUGUCAUCUGCAAGGUCAAGGGGGUCAAGGAAGAGCCAUAUUCCGAGAUGCAACCCAAGCAUGCCAAAUACAACCUGGGAGAGAAGAAGGUUUGGUAUAGCGAGAAUCUCCUCAUCGAGCAGGAGGAUGCACGAACAUUCGCCAAAGACGAGGAGAUCACUUUGAUGAAUUGGGGCAAUGCCUAUGUGCGCGAUAUCCAGUACGAGAAGACCAGUGACAAAUCUGACAUUACCGAUGGUGUCAACGCGUUGGGUAACGUUGCGUCAAUGGAGCUGGAGCUGCAUCUAGAUGGAGAUUUCAAAGCUACCAAGAAGAAGAUCACUUGGCUGUCCAAGGACCAAGACCUUGUUCCCGUUGAGCUAGUCGAUUUUGACCAUUUAUUAUCGAAGGACAAGUUGACCGAGGAAGAGGAGACUCAUUGGGAAGACUUCUUGACGCCUAAAAGCGAGUUCAAGUCCUACAGCGUGGCCGAUUGCAAUGUGCGGAACGUGAAGGUCGACGACGUGCUUCAGUUCGAUCGGAAGGGCUAUUACAGAUGUGACAAAGCUGCGACCAAGGAGUCGCCAGGUGUUUUCUUCAAAGUCCCCUCCGGGAAGGAAUAG